UGCUUAAACGCGUUAAAGUGCACCAUCACCAUAUCCAUUGUUUGCGUGUCUGGAUGGAAGGAAAAUGGUACGGUGUCGAAUAUCCAUGAAGUUCAUGCUGUCUUGUAUUGUUUUUAUUUUAAUUUUGGACACCUUUCACAUUACAACGCAUGGACGAAAUAUUGAAAACAGUCAACAAUAUCUAUACCCACCACCAUGGAUGCGAAGUUUUCGACGAGAUGCUGUAGAAAGUGUACCGCCACAUACAUAUCCACAACGCAUGCGAUUUCCUCUAGAAGAUUAUGACGAUCAAUGGGAAAACGAUGAAUCAAAUUUAUUCAGUAGAGAAGCAGUGGAAAGUUCUCCUUUCACUGCUUCCGAACAAUAUUCAUUACCCUUAAGAUCUGCUGUUGAAAAGAGACCACCUCCAGAUGCGUCAUAUCGUAAUUAUCUACCUGAAGAUAUCGAACCUGAUAUUUAUGGUUUAUCAAAAGUGGAAAAUUUAAAAUUAUUUGAUUCAGAAUGGAUUACAUCGUCGAUUGAUUAUAAAGAAUCAGCCACACCAAAAUUAGUGUGUUAUGUUGAAAAUUGGGCGUCGAAUCGUAAAGAACCCUUAGCUUUUACACCAGAAAAUUUGGAUCCAUAUUUAUGCACACACGUCAUAUAUGCAUUUGCUACAAUCGAUCCUCAUUCAUUCGCAUUAGUUCCACAAGAUUAUGAAUAUGAUAUUGUUCGUGGCGGAUAUAGAUCAAGUACAGGACUUAAACAGUUCAAUCCUGAACUUAAAGUAUUGUUGUCCGUUGGUGGAAUUCGAGAAAACAUCGGAAACUUUGGUCAGAAGUUCAGUAAUAUGGUAUCAAAUCCAUACCGUCGACAAGAAUUUAUUAAAUCGGUUGUAGAACUAUUGAAGAUGUAUGAUUUUGAUGGAUUAGAUUUUCAUUGGGAUUAUCCAAGUGCUGCAGAAUUUGGUGGACGACUCGAAGAUAGAGAUAAUUAUAUAAAACUUUUACAAGAAGUGAAAGUUGCUUUUAAACAAUACGAUUGGCUUGUGUUUGUCGAUAUUCCAGCAGUAAAAUAUCGUUUGGAUGCUGGCUAUAAUUUACGUGAAAUCGAAAAGGCUGUCGAUUUGAUAAUACUUGAAACACAUGACUUUUAUUAUGAACAUCCUUUUGUAGCGGAUCAUCAUUCGCCACUUUAUAAACGUGAUUACGAUGAAGGUGUACAAGUUUUUAACAAUAUUGAAUUUGCAGUCCAUUACGUGUUGCAGUCAGGUGUUUCUCGAUCAAAGAUGAUUUUAAGUGUAGGUCUUUAUGGUCGCACAUUUACUUUAGCAGAUAAUAAUAUUACAGCACCUGGAGCAUUAAUAACUGGGCCUGGAGUUGAAGGAUACUAUACUCAAAGUCCAGGAUUCUUAGCAUAUUAUGAAUUUUGUGACUUGUUAUCAAAUAAUAAGGUAGAAAAAAAUCGUGAUUCAACUGGGGAACCAUAUAUUGUGAAUGGAAGUCAAUGGAUUGCCUAUGAAGAUGAGGACAGCUUACGUAAUAAGGUUUUGUACUUAAAAGAUAUGGGACUUGCUGGGGCAGCAGCUUGGGCAACAGAUUUAGAUGACUUCCAAGGAUUAUGUGGACUUCAAUCACCGCUAUUAAAUGUUGUUAAACACACGUUGCUUAAUUUGGAAAAUUUGAUAGAAGAACAAGUGGGAAGAUGUGAUUCUGAGGGUUUAUUUAAUGACCCUAAAGAUUGUUCGGCGUUCUAUGUAUGUAAAGGAGGUUUAAAAUAUCAUUUAACUUGCUCUGAUAAUAUGCUGUUCGAUGUUAAAUCCGGCCAAUGUAUUCCUACUCGAUCAGGUGACCAUUGUAUACCUGGUGUUCAAGUACAAGCAAAGAUAUCUAAAGUUGAUGAAGAUAAAAAAGUUGUUUGCUACUUAACAAACUGGGCAUUUUAUCGAAAAGGCGAAGGAAAAUUUGUGCCAGAACAUUUAGAUCCAACACUUUGCACACACGUUGUCUAUGCUUUUGCUAGCCUAGAACCUGAACAAUUAGUUGUCAAAGAAUUUGAUCCUUGGGCUGAUAUAGAUAAUAAUCUGUAUAAUCGUGUUUCCUCGAUUCCGGAUGCAAAAAUAUUGUUAGCUCUAGGUGGUUGGACGGACUCUUCUGGUGACAAAUACUCUCGUCUAGUAAGUGAUGGUACUUCAAGACGAAAGUUUGUGGUUAGUGUUGUUUCAUUCCUUCGUAAGCAUAAUUUCCAAGGAUUACAUCUUGAUUGGAAUUAUCCAAAAUGUUGGCAAAGUAAUUGUAAGAAGGGACCCAAAUCGGAUAAACCAAACUUUACAAAAUUAAUUCAAGAAUUAAGAAAAGAAUUCAACAAGCAAUCUCCUCCAUUAAUUCUGGCAGCAGCCAUUUCUGGUUACAAGGAAGUUAUUGAUGUUGCAUAUGAUUUGGAACCAUUAGGGCAAGCUUUAGAUUUUAUGUCUGUAAUGACUUAUGACUAUCAUGGAAGUUGGGAACAAAUGACGGGUCAUGUUAGUCCUCUGUAUCAUAGAUCCGGUGAUAAAUAUCCACAAUACACAACGAAUUUCACAAUGCAAUAUUUGGUUGAAAAUGGUGCACCACGUGAAAAACUGCUUCUUGGAAUACCAUUCUAUGGACAAUCGUUUACAUUAGCGAGACAUGAUGGAAUGUACAAUUAUAAUAUUAAAGCAGCAGGACCUGGAGAUGCUGGUGAAUUUACGAAACAACCUGGAAUGUUAGGAUAUUUUGAAAUUUGCUAUCGAGUUAAAAAUAAUAGAUGGCAAGUUAAAGAAGAUUCGUCAAAAGCAACUGGACCAUAUGCAUUUUCUAGAGAUCAAUGGGUUGGAUAUGAUGAUGUUAAAUCUAUUGAAGAAAAGAUGAAAUAUGUAACACAAAAUGAUUUUGGUGGAGCAGUAGCAUGGACAGUAGAUUUAGAUGACUAUCUAAAUAGAUGUUGUCUGGAAGCUUUUCCACUUUUGAAAGCAAUAAAUAGAGGACUAGGUAGAUUGUUAGAACCAGUUCCUCUCGGUGGUGACUGCACAAAACCUCCAGAACCAGUCACUCCACCAGCACCAACACUUACCACAGGUGUUGAUUCUGGUGCCAUGAGCAGUACAACCCCAAUGCAUGAGCAUCAUCAUGAAGAUGGCGAAUAUACUACACAAAAGACUACUACUUGGCCAAGUUGGGCACAACAAUCAACUUCAACCCAGAAAACUACAACAUGGCCAAGUUGGUCUCAAACCACAAGAUCAACAACAAAGAAACCAUCUACAUCUACAGUUUGGUGGGUUCCUUCCACAACAAGUACGACAACUACAACUGAGAUACCAACAACCACAACUCGAAAACCAACAACCUCAACUCGAAGACCAACAACGUCAACAAGAAGACCAACAACCUCAACUAGAAAACCAACAACGACCAAAAGACCAACGACAACUACUGUAAGUUCUCCAACUAGUACGACCAUUCCAUCACCAGCUGUAAUCAUGCCAGACAUUGAUCAUGAAAAACCUCCAGGAGAAGAAUGUGAAGCUGGUCAAUAUCUUCCGGAUCCACAAAAUUGUAAUGCGUAUUACAGAUGUAUUUUAGGUGAAUUACGACGACAAUAUUGUGCUGGUGGAUUACAUUGGAAUAGGAAUUCAUUAGUGUGCGAUUGGCCUAACGUAGCUAAAUGUAAAGAGACUACUAGCGUACCGACAACCACAAGACGCCCAACAACUACUACACGUCGUACAACGUCUAGACGACCAACUUCCACAAUGAAACCUUAUAUGACUGAAAGCUGGAGUACAACAACCAGACGAAGUACAACCACAGAUAGAUACCCUAGCACAACAACUGAAUCAGUUGAGUGCAGUUCAGGGCAGUAUUACUCCCAUGAAACUUGUAACAACUUUUAUGUUUGUGUAAAUGGCGUCUUAAUUUCACAAUCUUGUGGCCCAGGCUUAGUUUGGGAUCAAGAGUCUACAAUGUGUGAUUGGGAAUUCAAAGUACCUUGUCAUUUACGAAUGAAGAAUAAAUUAGUGGCUGCACAUAGCAAAGCUAACGCUACAAAGGCCCAACCAGAUGGAAAAUGCGAGGUUGGAUCUUUUACAGCAAAUCCUGACAAUUGCAAUCAAUAUAUGAUGUGUCUUUGGGGUAAAUAUCAACUCUUUAGCUGUGCUCCCGGCUUAAGUUGGAAUAAUCAAAGAAAAACUUGUGAUUGGCCACAAAAAUCCGAGUGUAUUUCUGAUGAAUCAGUUGAGGAAGUUUAUGUCGAAGAUGAAAUAAUAACGACUCGUAAACCAACAAAAACAACUACUACGAAAAGACCUACAAAGAAACCUACUUCGACUUCUACAACAACCGAUUCCGUAGAUACUUCAACAAGUAGUGUUAAACCAAGUACAACUACAUCUGAAACAAAUCUAAUCUUGCAAAACGGCAAAUAUAAGCUAGUAUGCUACUUUACAAAUUGGGCUUGGUAUCGUAAAGGUUUAGGAAAAUACACGCCAGAAAAUAUAAAAGAAGAUUUAUGUACGCAUAUUGUGUAUGGUUUUGCUGUCUUAGAUUAUGAAAAUCUAAUUAUUCGAGCGCACGAUUCUUGGGCAGACUUUGAUAAUAAGUUUUACUCACGUGUAGUUGCGUAUAAAGCAAAAGGUUUGAAAGUAACAUUGGCUCUUGGUGGUUGGAAUGAUUCCGCCGGCGAUAAGUACUCCAGACUGGUUAAUAAUCCAGCAUCCAGAAAACGCUUUAUAAAACAAGCAUUGAAAUUCUUAGAAAAAUAUGACUUCGAUGGAUUAGAUUUAGAUUGGGAAUAUCCAAAAUGUUGGCAAACAGAUUGUAAGAAAGGUCCAGAUUCAGACAAAGCCGCCUUUGCUGCAUUUGUCGAAGAAAUCAAAGCUGAAUUUGCACCGAGAGGGUUAUUGUUAUCAGCCGCAGUAUCCCCUAGUAAAACAAUCAUUGACGCUGGGUACGAUGUUCCAUCAAUAUCCAAACAUUUUGAUUGGGUUGCUGUUAUGACCUACGACUUUCACGGACAGUGGGAUAAACAAACUGGACAUGUUGCACCAUUGUACUAUCAUCCAGACGAUGCUAUUUCAUUCUUUAAUGCUAAUUAUUCAAUUCAUUAUUGGCUUGAAAGCGGACUUCCACGUGAAAAGCUUAUAAUGGGUGUUCCAUUAUAUGGUCAAUCAUUUACUUUGGAAAAUGCAAAGAAUAAUUCCUUAAACGCAAAAGCACCUGGUCCUGGUCAAGCUGGAGAAUUCACUCGAGCUGCUGGAUUUUUGGCUUACUAUGAAAUUUGCGAUCGUGUUAAAAAUCGUGGUUGGACUAUUGUGCAAGAUCCAAAGAAUCGUAUGGGUCCAUAUGCUUAUAAAGGAAAUCAAUGGGUUUCAUUUGAUGACGUAGCAAUGGUUAAGAGAAAAGCAGAAUACAUUAAACAUAUGAGAUUAGGUGGUGGUAUGAUUUGGGCAUUGGAUUUGGAUGAUUUUAGAGACAGAUGUGGAGAAGGUGUUCAUCCUCUACUUACAACACUUAGAGAUACCUUAGCAAGUGAAAUAUCCGAAUAUGAAGCUCCUGAGAUAACUGAAGAAGUAACAGAACCAACACAAAUAUCAACGGUGACAAAGGUACCUGCCUAUACAAUGAAACCUACUCCAAAACCUAUAGAAGAAAUUAAAGAACCUGUAAAAGUAACCUCUUCAAAACCGAUGAUAGAACAACCUACCAGAGUCAAAAAAUCUGAUUACAAAGUUGUAUGUUAUUUCACAAAUUGGUCUUGGUAUCGACAAGGAAAUGGAAAAUUUUUACCAUCCGACAUUGAUCCUGAUCUAUGUACACAUAUUGUUUACGGCUUUGCUGUUCUAAAUGGAGAUCAACUGAUUAUUAAGCCCCAUGAUACCUGGGCAGAUUUCGAUAAUAAAUUCUAUUCGAAAGUGACUGCCCUUAAAGCAAAAGGCAUAAAAGUACUCAUCGCAAUUGGCGGAUGGAAUGAUUCUGCAGGAGAUAAAUACUCACGAUUAGUAAAUAGUCCAUCAAGUCGUCGUAGAUUUAUUGCACAUGUCGUUGAUUUUAUUGAAGAAAACAACUUUGAUGGUUUGGAUUUAGAUUGGGAAUAUCCAAAAUGUUGGCAAGUUGAUUGUAAAAAGGGACCUGAGUCUGAUAAGGAAGCAUUUGCACAAUUCGUUCGAGAAUUAAGAGCCGCCUUUAAUCCCAAAAAUUUAUUACUAUCGGCAGCAGUUUCACCUAGCAAACGUGUAAUUGAUGCUGGAUAUGAUGUACCAACCCUUUCACGAGAUUUAGACUGGAUCGCUGUUAUGGCUUAUGACUUCCAUGGACAAUGGGAUAAGAAAACAGGCCAUGUGGCUCCAAUGUACGAACAUCCUGAUGAUUGGGAAAAAACCUUUAAUACUAAUUUCACAAUUCAUUAUUGGAUUUCCCAAGGUGCUGAUAGGAAAAAGUUAGUUUUAGGAAUGCCAUUAUAUGGACAAUCAUUUAGCUUAGCAGAUAACAAAGAAAAUGGAUUAAAUGCACCUACUUAUGGUGGUGGAGAAGCUGGGCGAGAGACUCGUGCUCGUGGAUUUUUAUCCUAUUAUGAGAUCUGUGAGAAUAUUCAGAAAAAGAAUUGGAAAGUUGUCAGAGAUCGAAGAGGUAGAAUGGGACCAUAUGCAUAUCUUCGUGAUCAAUGGGUGUCAUUCGAUGACACUCACAUGAUUGCCCAUAAAUCACAAUACAUUAAAGCAAUGGGUUUGGGAGGAGGAAUGGUAUGGGCAUUAGACUUAGAUGAUUUCCGUAAUAUUUGUGAUUGUGAAGAAUAUCCAUUGUUAAAAACAAUUAAUCGUAUUUUACGUGGAUAUCCUGGACCACAACCACGGUGCGAUUUAGGAAUUGCUGAAAACAUGCCUCCAAGUCAGCAAACAACAACUAAACGUCCACAGACAACAUCAACAAAGAAACCAUCUUCGACUACAAUGAAGGCCACAAAAAACCCGACCAGAGUAUCCACGACUACAGAAGAUCCAUGGUGGACAACGACAAGUAAAGUAACAACGAAAAAACCUAAGCCAUCAAAUGAAGCUUGUUCAAAUGAUCGCAUGUACGUUGACCAUGACUCAGAUUGUAAUAAAUACUAUUUAUGUAAUUAUGGACUUCUUCAAGAACAAAAGUGUCCACCCGGAUUAUAUUGGAAUGUAGAUCAUUGUGAUUGGCCAGAAAAUACUCAAUGUUCUGAUAUCAAUGAGGUUGAAGAUAUAAAACCUACGAAGCCAACACCUAAACCACAAACUACAAUGAAACCUGUUAAACAAACUACAAGUUUUGUGAGACCUACAACGACCAAAAAACCACAGUACUCAGAACAUAGUCAAUACAAAGUUGUCUGUUACUUCACGAAUUGGGCAUGGUAUCGUCAAGGUGACGGUAAAUACACUCCAGAUGAUAUCGAUUCCAAUCUUUGUACACACAUAGCAUACGGUUUCGCUGUAUUAGAUUCCAAUUCAUUGACUAUUAAACCUCACGAUUCGUGGGCAGAUAUUGAUAAUAAAUUUUAUGAACGAGUAACUGCAUUAAAAUCGAAAGGAAUAAAGGUAGUAAUUGCUAUUGGUGGUUGGAAUGAUUCUCUUGGUAACAAAUAUUCUCGAUUAGCUAACGAUGCUUCAGCUCGUGCACGAUUUAUUACUCAUGUUAUUGAAUUUAUCGAGAAAUGGAAUUUCGAUGGAUUAGAUUUAGACUGGGAAUAUCCAAAGUGCUGGCAAGUUGACUGUACAAAAGGACCUGAUUCAGAUAAAGAAGGAUUUGCAGCGUUAGUUCGAGAAUUAAGUGAACAAUUUAGACCGAAAGGUUUGUUGCUAUCGGCAGCUGUGUCACCGAAUAAAGCUGUAAUUGAUGCUGGAUAUGAUGUACCAACAUUGAAUGAAUAUUUUGAUUGGAUUUCGGUUAUGGCAUACGAUUUCCAUGGUCAUUGGGACAAACAAACUGGGCAUGUUGCCCCACUUUAUUAUCAUCCUGAAGAUACUUAUAAACACUUUAAUGCGAACUAUACACUGAAUUAUUGGAUAGAAAAAGGUGCGUCGCCAUCGAAAUUAAUUAUGGGUAUGCCAUUAUAUGGUCAAUCAUUUAGUUUAGCUGACACUAAUAAUCGUGGAUUAAACGCAAAGACUUAUGGACCUGGUGAAGCUGGAGAAUUCACUCGAGCUGGUGGUUUUCUCGCAUUUUAUGAAAUAUGCGAUCGUGUAAAAACUCGCGGAUGGGAAGUUACAAGAGAUUCUCUAGGAAGAAUUGGACCUUAUGCCAACAAAGGAAAUCAAUGGGUGUCAUAUGAUGAUGUAUCGGAAAUAAAACGAAAAUCACAAAUGGUGAAACAAAUGGGAUUAGGUGGUGCUAUGGUUUGGGCUUUAGAUUUAGAUGAUUUUAGAAAUCGUUGUGGAUGUGGAAAACAUCCAUUGUUAAAUACUAUAAAUAAUGAAUUACGCAGUACAUCACGUUACGCUAGUAAUAGAUAUUCAACUGAUUGUGCGUAAAUCAUUCGAAUAGAAUUAUUGCGCUAAGUGAAUUUUAGGAUAUAAACAAAAAGACUGUUUGAACAAAUAUUGGAA